AUGAUUUUUGAAGCUCAACAUAUACAUAAAUCCUAUCACAACCAUGUCGCACUCAACGAUGUGAGCUUAAGCGUAGAAAAACAAUCUAUUUUUGGAUUACUUGGACCAAAUGGAGCAGGAAAAACUUCUCUAAUUAGAAUUAUUAACCAAAUUACGGCACAAGAUUCCGGAACCAUUUUAAUCAAUGGUGAAAAGCUGAAUCCUUCCCAUAUUUCUGACAUAGGUUAUUUACCUGAAGAAAGAGGGUUAUAUAAGAAAAUGAAGAUUGGAGAACAAGCCAUGUAUUUAGCCCAACUCAAAGGAAUGAGUAAAGGAGAUGCUAAAAGAGAGCUCUUACAGUGGUUUGAAAAAUUUGAAAUUGGGAAUUGGUGGGACAAAAAAGUUGAAGAGUUAUCAAAAGGUAUGGCUCAAAAAGUUCAAUUUAUUACCACUGUCCUUCAUAAACCUAAGAUUUUAAUUUUGGAUGAACCUUUUAGUGGUUUUGAUCCUAUUAAUGCGAACCUAAUAAAAAGUGAGAUUAUGCAAUUAAAAGAAGAAGGGGCUACCAUCUUUUUGUCUACUCACAAUAUGGGAAGUGUGGAAGAAAUUUGCGACAACAUAGCAUUGAUUAAUUCUUCUAAAAAAGUAUUGGACGGUAAGGUUUCUGAAAUUAAACAAGAAUUCAGUAAAAAUGUAUACGAAAUAGAUUUCAAAGGAAAUAUGAUUGGCUUUGCUAAUGCCUUGUGGACAAACUAUGAGUUAAUUGACAAACAAUCAUUUGACAAUGAAAACCAUCGAGCUACAGUCAAAAUACUUGGUAACAACUCUUUAAACAACUUGCUUUCCACCCUUAUUAACGAAGAAGUAGAAUUAAAACAAGUGAAUGAGAUUAUUCCAACCAUGAGUGAAAUAUUUAUUGAGGUCGUAGAAACAAACAACCAAUUGGUAAGCUAA